AUGGGCAAUUUCACGCAGUUGCCAGCCGAACUCCAGAUCCAGAUCUUCGACUACCUCCACGCUCCCGACGUCAAAUCCGCGAGAGCUGUGAGUAGAACGUUCCGAAACAAUGCUACGCCUGCGCUCUUCCGCAGUAUCGUUGCUUGUGCAAGAUACCAAGCGCUGGGCGCCUUCCAAAACGUAUCACUACACUCGAUAUACUCAGGCUAUGUAAGAGAGAUCAUCUUCGAUGGAACACUGUACGAUGGGCAUCUCGCGAAAGACCAUCGCAACUAUUCUCGAGCCGAAGAAGUUAGCGGCAAAUUCCAAUCAGGAUCCUUCUACGCAAUGAGAACCAGGUGGAAGAGAUACCAAGAGCUACACAAGGAGCAAGAGAGUAUGAAGGAGGAUGGCGUCUUGUUACAAUCAUGCGCACGAGGCCUUGAGAAUAUGCAGAAUAUCUCGUCCAUCGUUUACUCGCCAUAUCAACACACCAUCCCUAUGGAGGUCAAGGCACUGCGCGAUCUACUUCCAAGAGGAGCUCUUCCGGGCGCGCUCACCGACAACCGCACCACUGACUCGGAUCAUCCGUUCCGCCAACUUAUUGGUGCCGUUUUUUUGUCGAAUUACACUGGAAUCCGACAGCUCACAAUCGAAGCACCUCGCGAAGACCAUCGUCGCACUGAGUUCUCUUUGAAUAUGUUCACUUUCCCAGAUACCAACGAUCUGAGCGCCGGGAGACAUCUCUUCCGAAAUUUGGUUAAGCUAGACAUAAGCUUAUCUGUCCUCAACAUACCGAGUCAGACAACGCCUCCUACGGCUGAGAUUGACUCCCCUGAACGACAGCUCGAGAACCUGACCAAAGUCCUUGAGGCUGCCCAGGAGCUGCGGCACCUCUCCUUUGGCAUACUGAACUGGAGGUAUCUUAACGAGCACCCAGAAGGAAAAUCCAUCGCCGACUUUAUCGGUCUUGGAGCAACAUGGCCGAAGCUCCGCUCAUUGAAGCUCGAAGGCAUAUACGCCAGAGAGCGCGAUCUGUGUGAACUGAUCGACCGACACAAGGACACCCUCAGAACUCUCACCUUCGCCAGAAGCACUCUGCACGCAGGUCUAUGGAUCGAAGUCGUGAACGAGGUUGUUUUCAAUGCGUCUAUGAUCACAACAUUCGUGUUGGACCAAGUCGAUGAGAAUCACGGCGGAUAUGGAACCAGCACCAACGGGAGUUUGGAAGGAUAUGAAGGUCGGUUGAUCGUAACCGAAGGUGGAGAACGCGAAUUUGUCAACACCAACCCAGACAAGCUCUCUGUUCACGACGCCCGCGACAACCCAGCAAACCCAGCAUGA